AUGUCAGGCAUUUCGUACGAUAUAGAAUGUAGUGUGGUGGUUAUGGUCCCGGUGCUUUCAGACGAUGCGGGUUCUAAGGAAAUUCUUAGUGAAGACGCGCAAGCAGGAUCAAAUUCUACCGACAACUCACCGCUGCCGGCGAGCAUAGCUCGCGUUUCUAAUCUUCAACUUUGGAAGAAUGAUGAUCAGCUCGGGCUCUUUGGCGUCCAUACCCAAGGCGCUGAACUUGUCAACGGUAACAUUGGCUUCCCUCGGUAUGAGCAGUGUGUUGUUCAACAGGUCUAUGAACGCGUUCGGCUAUUACUAUUAGACUGUGUCCAAUUUGGCGUGUGGUGCCGACCAUGGGGCGGUGUAUACUUUUACCAAUGGUCGGUGGAGGAAACCACAUCAAAUGAUUACAACCUCGAAAAUAUCAUUGGCAUAACUUGGCCAGAGCUCCUUGCUCAUUACCACGUUCAUAUCUACUAUCUUCACGUGGUAAUAUAUGUCUAUACUUCACUCUUCAUCCCAUUGGGAAUUCCAGUACACACAGUCCCCUUCAUUCUGAUGGCUACCAAGGCCGCGGACGCGAACGCACUGGUCCACGCGUCUCGGUCCGACUAUUUGGAUUUCAUUCGCUGCGAUGAUUCACUGCAGAGCCAGUCAGAUGUUUCCAUUACUUCUACAACAAGCACAACAAGCAUGUACACUUUCUUCCUCUUCCUCCCUCUCGGUUUUCGUUUCGUCCCAAUGGAAGCUCUGUCAGAUGCAACAAUCUAG